AAUUCAUGGACUGGUCGCUUAGUUUCUUAAUGUUUCUCUGAAACUGAAACUCAAAGUACCACCGCGUUCUAUUCCCGGUGACAGUUGACGGUCUUGAUUCCCAUUGGAGAAAUGAGGAACUCAAUGUUGAUUGAGUCCUCAUGUAGGUAUCUGCUUCAAGAGCUGAAGCUGAUAUGGGAUGAAGUUGGAGAAGACCAGAUAGAGAGAGAGAAGGCUCUGCUUGAAUUAGAGGAAGAGUGUCGAGAAGUUUGCAGAAGGAAAGUUGACAGAGCGAACACUUUGAGAGCUCGUUUGCACCAGCUGUUGGUAGACUCUCAAGCAGAAUACACCAACCUUCUUGUGUCCUUAGGAGAAGGGUUCCUCGCUCCUCGACCAGAGAAGUUAGCUGGAACGCUGAAGCAGCAGCUCGACUCCAUCACGCCAGCACUUAGUGAAAUGAAGAAGAGGAAGGAUGACAGAGUCAAGCAAUUUCAGGACGUUCGAACCCAAAUUCAGAGGAUUUCAUCAGAAAUAUCUGGAAAUGAAGAACCAGAAACUCUUGAAUGGGAUGUCAACCAAGGCGAUCUCUCUCUAAAGAGGCUUGAAGAUUACAAAAUAGUACUACAAAAACUAUACAAGGAGAAGAAUGACAGACUUAAGAAAGUUGAUGAAUAUCUAAGGUCUAUAAACAGCCUCUGUGCUGUUUUAGGGAUGGAUUCUUCUCAGAUCUUGGGAGACAUCCAUACAAGCAUGAAUACUUCAUUUGGGCUGCAAUUGAAGAACAUAAACAGUGAUACUUUGGCCAAAUUGAAUGAUACACUUGCGUGGCUGAAGGAUGAGAAGAAAAAAAGGCUUGACAAGCUUAAAAUGCUAGCGAAGACACUGAAAAGUCUGUGGAGUCUGAUGGACACUCCAGUUGAAGAACAGCGUGCAUUUGCUCAUGUAACAGCAACCUUACUGGCAUCAUCACCAUCAUCAUCUGAUAUAUCAAGUUCAGUAAUCCUCACCCUGGAGGUGAUUCAUAAGGCCGAGGUCGAGGUUGAGAGGCUAGAUCAAUUAAAAGCCACCAAAAUGAAAGUUCUCUUCUAUAGGAAACGAAUGGAGCUCGAGGAAAUAUGCAAGAGAAGUCACCUGGACUUUGCCCCACUAACCGAGAUGGACAGCUUGGUCGAUUUGAUAAAUUCUGGGGAAAUAGACACGGCUGACCUUCUUGCAAGCAUGGACGAGCAUAUCGCUAGAGCAAAGGAGGAGGCUUCCAGCAGAAAGGACAUAAUGGAGAAGGUUGACAAAUGGACAGCCGCCUGUGAAGAAGAAAGAUGGUUGGAAGAAUAUAACAAGGAUGAAAGCAGGUAUGCAAUGAGUAGGGGUGCACAUAAAAAUCUGAAACGAGCUGAGCGUGCUAGGAUUAUGGUUACCAAAAUUCCUGCACUUGUGGAACUGUUGAUUGUCAAGACCAGAACAUGGGAAGCAGAAAGAAAAAAAGUUUUAUUGUAUGAAGAUGUACCAUUGUUAGAUCUGCUGGACGAGUACACCUUGCUAAGGCAGGAAAAAGAGAACGAGAAACAAAGGCAAAGGGAAAAGAAAAAAGUUCAGAGCAAAGUCAAUGGCCGCCAGGAGAUUCUCUUUUCACCACGUCCAGGAUCUAGCAGCAGUCGAUUUUCAACAAGAUAUUUGAACACAAGCUUUAGUAGCACGGUACCUGUGCAGAGAAGACCUUCCACAGGAAUGAAUUCCACAAUCCAAGGUACAUCCCUCAUCAAAGAAAAUAGCCAGUCACGAAGGCCAAGGAUGCCAAUGCAUCUGAGUUAUUCUUAUCACAGAGACGACUCCACAUCCGAAGUUUCUGCAACAUUUUCAGGCCCACAGUCUCCUUGAGUACUAUAAAUGCCACUCAACUGCCUGCAAAAUUUCUGAAUUGCACCACUUGGAAAAGCAAGCAUAUACAACACGAAGAAUUGGAAAGAAAAAAAAAAAAUAGUUAUCAUGGCUGAGACGCCCCACUUUGGUGCUAAUCUGUAACAAUCGUUUAUUGUUAAAUAUUUUCCUGCUUCACAAAGAGAUCUUUCUCAAGUUCUGCACGUGAUGUAAUCAUGAUAAUAAAUAUGAAGUUUCAAGUUCUCCGUUUU